AUGAACAAUAGAUUGAAACAUUUAAUAAAUGUAACGCCAAAUCAAUGUGGUUUUGUGACAGAGAGAAGCUCCCCAGAUGCUAUUCAAACGGUUCGGAUACUACUUGAAAAGGCUAAAUCUAAUAAAUCUAAUCUCCAUAUGGUUUUUAUAGACCUUGAAAAGGCAUUUGAUCAUGUCCCACGUGACCUCAUCUGGGAAUCACUGAGGCAACAAUAUGUGCCUGAACAUUACAUUUAUCUCAUACAAGACAUGUACAAAUCUGUUUCCACUCAAGUCCUGAGCCCAGCAGGAAAAGGCGAAGCAUUUGAACUUGAAGCCGGGAUUCAUCAGGGAUCUACACCUAGCCCAUUGCUUUUCAACACAACUAUAGAUUAUCUCACAGAGCACUGUCAAAGGGUUCUGCCGUGGAAUAUUCUUUAUGCAGACGAUGUGGUUUGA